GUGCCCCAUUUAUUUUGCGAUAGAUACAUACGUCUCUGGCUGUGUCUAUGUUUUCACAUUAUCACUAUCGUCAUCAAUGGCCCAUCAAAGUAGGUCGGCAGCUUAGUUUUCAACUAAACGUUGUGAAAGUAAAGAAUAACGAGCCCAAUUCAUUCUUGUGGCCCUUUCCACUUGUUGCGCUUUUUGUUAUCGGUCGACACGUGGUUGUUUCGCAAUUUCACAGCCGGAGUUUCAAUUCCGUCGCGUAGCACGAUACGUUACCCUGGAAUCACGCACCCAUUUGUUUGGUAGAAAAAAUAAGGCCAUAUUUUUUGCGUUGCAUCAGCUAUUAGUAGCUGCUUCGAAAAUUUAAAUUUUGAGUGACUUAAGAUUUGCAGCCUGUUAAAGCAUGGAUCAAAUAGUUGAAGAAAGUGGGGAAGACUCCCAGGCGCCAGAAUCGACGUUCGAGGAUGACCUCAUUCCGAAAGAAAUUUCCGAUGAAUUCUUCGAUGAGAUGUGCUCGAAAGCCAAUCUGACCGUGAAAGACUUGCAGGGAAAUCAGCAAUAUGCUUUGGCAGAGGAUUUCCAGAAGUUGUUGCUCACAAGCCAACAGUUGCGGCAGCAGUUGUUGGACGAGCAGGACAAAAUCGAAAAGAUGCAGGAUGAGGUUGCGGCAGCUGCAGGGCGUGUUGCUCAAGCGUUGGCUAUAUCUCAAAAGGAUCAGGAACAAAUCCAGGCGCUUCGAUCGGAGAUUGAAGAUGCUUGGAGAAGAGCAGAUGCUGCACAAGCUCGAGAACAGACGGCCCAAGAAGCGAUGAAUCAAAUGCGCGAGAAGUUAGAAAAGAUAUCAGCAGAAUCUUCGGAUAGGCAUGGUGACAAGGAUGAUGAUGUAGGAGCUGCAAUGGGCAAACAUAAAGAGAAUAUAUUACGAGAACGAGAUCGUCUGUUCGUUGAGGUUGAGGAGCUUAAUCGUCGGCUUAAUACGCAGCGAGUGUACACGGAAGAGUUGGAUCACAAAUGUAACGAUGCCGAAAAUAAGGUCAAAGAGCUUUACAAAGUCUUGGACGAAACUUCUAACGACGCCUUUCGGGACAAGCGAAUGCUGGAAAACUUACAAGUUCAGCAUUCUGAAGUUGUUGCUGAGCUGGCGCAGAAAACAGAUGAAGCAUUGCAUUUUAAACAAUUAUCCGAAGCAAGCCACAAGACUACAGUUCAACAAAACAUGCAGAUGGCUGCCAUUCGAACGACUCUUGAACGCUUGACCACGAGUAACAACCUACUACAGGUAAAGCUAGCCAAAGCUCAAGGAGAUUUUGAGAACAUGGUACAGCUCAAAGAGAAGGUUACAAAUGAACUGAACACUAAAGUAAACAUUUUAAAACUGAAAGAAGACGAAAAUAACAAAUUUCGUUUGGAAAACGCAAAACUAUCUAAGAGCAAGGAGUUGCUACAAAAGAAGAUUAUUGCAAUAGAGACAGCUAAGAGCACAUUUGAGCACGAGGUAGCUAAAUUAAAGAAUGUUAUUGUAACAUUUGAAAAGGAGCGUGAUGCAACCAAAAGAGCUUUUGAUUUGUCCAAGAAGCAAGUGGAUGCAGUCUUGCGUGAGCGUGAUCUGGCCAGAAAGGACUUGACCAAGGCCAACAGUGAGUGUGCUAUUUUGUAAAUACAGAUAAACGUCUUAUAGAGCCGAUAUAGAUAUACAG